AUGUUUUUCAGGAAUGGAUGGGAAAAAGUUGUGAAGGAUAACUGUGUCAUAAAUGGCGACCAAUUGCUUUUUAUCUAUAACGAUUGUGAUAUCUGUAGUAUUGUGAAGAAAAAUGUUAAGAAAGAAGAGGAUAUGGAUAUGAAUGCCAAUGCAAGAGAGGAGGGAAAUGAUGAUAAUGAUCAUCAUCAUACAGUACUUUCCCAGGAUAUGGAUACAACAGAAGGGGAGGGCAAUUGCAAUGGUGGUGAUCAUCAUAGAGAUGCUAGUGCGGAAAAAAGCAAUAUUCCUGAUUAUUCUGGAGCAGAUCUUUUUCUAUCGGGGCGUUAUAUUCAACCUGAGAAUCCGUAUUUCGUGACUAAAAUUAGACGAACAAGGGUUGGCAGUCUGUAUAUACCAAGAGAAAUCAUCAUGGAGUUCAAUCUUGAAUUACCUCCAACCGUCACUCUAUGUGACAUGAUAGGCAGGGAGUGGACAACAAAUGUAAUUGUUUGGGGUGAUGGUCGAACAUGGCUGUCAGGAGGGUGGAGAAACCUGUGCAAUUUGAACCUUGUUGGAAAAGAAGAUAGGUGUAUUUGUGAGUUCCUGCCACUUCAAAUGGAGAAUGAUAUGGUGUUGCAGGUUAUAAUUGUCAGAGAGGACGAUACCAUGCAAAUGAGGAAGAAUAUAAUGAAUGAAAAAUGUCUUACUUUACUGUAA